AUGACGGAAUUGCCGAUACCGUCAGUCAGCAACACCCACGCGUACACGCAAACCGGAAAUGAAGCCCAGUCUCAAUGCCAGGUGCAAGAUGACAAAAACGAGAAGACGGAAAAAGCGGUACUGAUGCAAAUAGAGGAGAUUAACAGCCAAGUGGCGCAGUUCCGCGAGCUGCUGAUAAACAUCGGACAGCAUCGAGAUUGCCCGGAGAUGCGGGAAAAAAUCCGGAGGCUGCGUCGAAACUGCGUGGACGCGUGUAAAUCUACGUCCCAGAACAUACUGCCACAAGUACGAAGGACUACGGACAUCGGGAUUCCAGUGGACUAUCCGAAUCUGAUGCUUCUGUUCAAUGUCGUUCAAUUAUUCCUGCGCGAACUCGGCAAAAGCGAGAAUCUGAUCCGGAUCGUGCCCAUGGACAUGACCGAGUAUUACGAGUCUCGGACCGGGCCGUCGAACAUCGGCAACGUGAUCACGCAGAUUCUCCUCUGCAAGCAGAUCACGCCGAACUUCCACGAGGAGGAGCUGUGCAGCAUCAAAAAGGACUCUGAGGAAAUUCGAGAUAUGAUCAACGAACUGCAAGAGUUCAUGCCCCAGUCGGACGGCGAUAUAGAGAAGUUCGCGGCCCUGCGGAAUCCCGCGAUCAGAGGGGCCAGGGGAAAUGGACGGCGGGCGUAUCCAUGGAACCAGAUCCACCACAGGCCCAUCAGAUCCAACAGACAAUCGUCCUACUUUCGCGGCGCUCUAAACCUCUUCUGCUGCGCCGCGAGGGCCAACUACGUCUAA